CAAGCGAGGGAAAAACAAAACAAAGUCCUCCACUCGUGACGCCAUGCCUCGGCGGGUGGUGUUGGAGGGGGCGGGGCCUGGCUCCCGGGUCCUGGUGGUGUUGGAGGGGGCGGGGCCUGGCUUCCGGGUCCCGGCGCACAUGACCAGGGUUCCCAUCUCGCUCAUCGCCACCGACGCCGACUUCUCCCAGAGAACCGUCCAGGGGACGGUGGUCCGUAAAGGCCGGCUGGUGUCGCUGGCGUCGGGCAACGCCCUCCUGAAGACCGUCCUUCAAGAAGAAGACGCCCCCCCGCCCAACGCCUCCAUCAACGUGGUGCUGUUCGGAGCGCUGGCCAAGGACUUCGAUCAAGCCGUCAAUCAAGGGGACGUGGUCGUGGCCUCCGGCUUCACCGUGGGGCGAUCUCCCACCGUUCACAAGGACAAGCUGCACCCCUUCAACCUGCUGCUGUCGGGAGACGACGCCCGCGUUUACGUGUCCCGCCCUCCUCUUCCUCCUCCUCCUCCUCCUCCUCCUCUUGUCAGAUCCCCGCCGGCCAACAGGAAGCGCUCUGCGGCCCACGCUGAGGUUUCCAUGGCGACCAAGGCUCCCAAAUACACGUACGUCGGCCUGGACGGGCUGAAGUCCGGCUUGGUGGUCAACACCUACGGCGUGGUGGUCUUCUUCAAGCAGCCGUUCAGGAGCUGCGGCACAGACGUGUGCUCCACCCUGAAGAUCACCGAUCAGUCCAACCAGAGGAUCUCCUGCUCCGUGUUCGACGCGAAGCUGGAGAACCAUCCCAAAGUCUUUCGGGUCGGCGACAUCGUCCGCCUGCACCGGUUCAAGGUCCAGUUCUUCAACAACUCCAUGACGCUGGUCAACACCUUCGGUUUCUCCGUGCUGGCGUUCGACGGGGCGGAGGGCGGGUCCAUGGAGCCGCGCACCUCCAGCCGCUCCUUCCACCUGGACCAGGAGGGCCACCGGGCCGUGGAGGAGCUGAGGACCUGGGCCGCCGGCCAGGCCCUCCUGCCCCCGGCCCCCAGCACCCCGCUGUCCGCCGCUCAGCCCAGAGCUUACUUCGACCUGACCUGCCAGCUGCUGGCCAAAGCGCCCAUCGACUCCACCUGCACGCUGCUGAGGGUGUGGGACGGGACCAGGUGCGCUCACACUCUGCUGAAGGUGACCGUGGAGCCGGACACCACAGAGGGGCCGACCCGCUUCUCCGAAGGCCGAGAGCGCCUCAUCGCCAACGUCCUGGUGUACGACAACCACGUGGAGCUGGCCGCGCGGCUCAAGCCGGGGGACUUCCUGAGGAUCUACAACCUGCGAGCGAUCCCGGGGUCCAGCAAGGUCCUGGGCCGGCCCGGCAGCCAGCAGCAGGACCAGGAGGUGGACCACUUGGCCUUCCACCUGCACGGGGGCACGGCCUACGGCAGGGGGGUCCGGGUCCUCCCAGAGAGCAGCCCCGACGUGCAGGAGAUGAAGCGAGUGAUGGAGGCGGUCCCGGACGAGGACGACUUCUCCGAGCUGAAUGACUCUCAGCUGCUGGAGGUGUGGAGCACUCCUCCGGAGUUUGCAGAGGCGGAGUCUAUCCAGUGCAGCACAGACAGAAGCUGUGGUGACGACCCGCGGACGGCGAGGCUGUCCGACCUGAAGCGUUCUGAUCCGGGUCUCGUUCACCAGGUCAGAGUCCAGCUGAGGUCCUACGAGCCGCGCAGACUCCACCAGGCGCUGAAGCUGUACUGCAGCAAGUGCAUGGCGAUGCGGGACGUCCCCAACGACGAGCUGGUAGCGCGACUCUUCUCCGAGGCCUCCGCCGCGGCCCCCGGGCCCGGCGGCCCCCCGGCGUGGGCGCUGUCCGGCCGGGUCCCUGUCCCCACAGAGCGCCCGGCGUCCCCCCCGAGAGCGGUGGGCGUCGCCGUCCCCACAGAGCGCCCGGCGUCCCCCCCGAGAGCGGUGGGAGUCCACCUGUCCACGCAGCUGCUGGGCGAGGACAGACCCACCGAGCUCCUCUUCCUCUCGGGUUCGACUCUGGAGGAAACGCGUCGACUCGCGUCCGGAUACCGGAACGUGGUCCCGGUGAGGUCAUCCGGAGGUCACAUGACGCUGCUCGACCUAUCGGCACCUUUCCUGUUCAGAGGCCGGAAGAGAUACUUUGGGUGUAAGCGGUGCUCCGAGGCCUCGGUGAGGGAACCGCUGUAUGCCGAGGGAGAAGAGCCCCUCGACGAGAAGGGCCUGGCAGCAGCGCUCGGCGUUCAGCUGCUGCAGUUCGUCCUGUUGAUGAAGUUGGAGCUGCAGGACGCCACCGACACGCUGGACGUCUUCCUGUGGAGGGACGCCGAGUCGUUCUUCGGCGUGUCGGCCGAGGACGUAGCGGCCAAUCAGGAGGCUGAGAACAGCAUCCGUCAGAAGAUGGACUCCCUGUGUCCAGCAGGGGGCAGCGCAGGCGGACGUCCCUGGGUGGAUCUGUGUGUGGCGGCGUACCGAGCGGAGGGUCAGACCUGCUACCAGGUCUGCCGCCGCAGCAUCACCACCAACCAGAGGUCAAAGGUCACCAGUUGAGUCCUGCAGGAGGGAGGAAAAAACACUUUGUAAACAUUUACUCUUUUGGUCUUUUCUGGCGGAUUCUAUUUGUAUUUAAUAAAGUAAUUAACUUCUA